UCUUUUCGACAGAGUUUAACACAAUUGCGUAUGUUGCCACCGCGUCUUCCAUUCUUCUCAUUACUGCCUCGGUCGCUUUUUCACUUCACAUACAAUCCAGCCUCGAUGCGCAAGAGUAUAGAGGAAUGGAAGCAACAACUCCCAGAUGAUGUGUUUCGUAUAACACGUCUCAAGGAAACUGAACAGCCGCACACAGGCUCUCUUUUGGAACACAAAGGAGUCGGCCUCUACAAAUGUUUUUGUUGCGGCACUACUCUUUUUGAGUCCAAUGCCAAAUUUGAAAGUGGUAGUGGUUGGCCUGCCUUUUAUAAGGCGUACGCUUCAACUGGGCGGGAUGAUUCCGCCUCAAAUAUAGAAAGACAAGUGGAUAAUUCUCUUGGCGUAAGGAGAAUCGAAGCAUUAUGCAAAAAUUGUGAUGCUCACUUGGGACAUGUGUUCGAGGAUGGCCCUCUUCCAACGAAACUGCGUUACUGUAUUAAUAGUGCUUGCUUAGUCUUCGAAAAAUCGAAAGAUGAAUGA